UAACCAAUGAAUGAAAAACUAUAAUCAAAUAAAUCAUAACGAUUUUUAAAUUAUAGUCGCUGAAUUGAGUUGAUUUUAUAAAAUAAUAUUGUCUCUCUAAUACAGGACAACAUAGAAGCAUCUGAACAACUUCAGCUAGAGCCCUAUGAGGAGUUGUGUGAGGAAAAUGGAUAUGGAUCUGAAGAACCUCAAGUUGAGUCCUGUGUGGAAUCUGAAAUAAAGGAAAACAUAGACGGAUCUGAACAACUUCAGCUAGAGCCCUAUGAGGAGUUGUUUGAGGAAAAUGGAUAUGGAUCUGAAGAACCUCAAGGAGAGUCUUGUGUGGAAUCUGAAAUAAAGGAAAACAUAGACGGAUCUGAACAACUUCAGCUAGAGCCCUAUGAGGAAACUGAAAUUAUUUUGGAGUUGUUUGAGGAAAAGGGAUAUGAAUCUAAAGAACCUCAAGGAGAGUCCUGUGUGGAAUCCGAAAUAAAGUUUUCUAAGGAAAACAUAGAAGGAUCUGGGCAGCUUCACCAAGAGCCCUUUGACGUAAGCAGCAAUUCUAUAAUCAAAUAAAUCAUAAAGAUUUUUAAAUUAUAGUCGCUAAAUUGAGUUGAUUUUAUAACAUAAUAUUGUCUCUCUAAUACAGGACAACAUAGAAGAAUCUGAACAACUUCAGCUAGAGCCCUAUGAGGCAACUGCAAAUGUCUUGGAGUUGUUUGAGGAAAAUGAAUCUGAAGAACCUCAAGGAGAGUCCUUUGUGGAAUCCGAAAUAAAGUUUUCUAAGGGAAACAUAGAAGGAUCUGGGCAGCUUCACCAAGAGCCCUUUGACGUAAGCAGCAAUUCAUUUUAUUUUAUUUUAAGAAUACAAUUAUAUUAACAAUUCUAGUCCAGCAUCACACUAAGCUCCAUAAAAUAGAACAUGUUAUAAUGCUUUUAAGCUUUCAACUAGAUGGCUCACAGAUUUUCUCUUUACUUAUCAGGAGUUUCCAAAAGAAACUGAAAUUGACAUUAGCCAGGAUCAAUGGUCAGAAGAAGAGGAACAGAGCAGUGACCUUGAUGAUGGUUUUAAGGUUUGAAUUUUUCUCAAUAUAAUGUUAAAUGACAAUUUAACCAUUUUAAACAUAUUUGGCCCCAGCACAUGUCUGCUAGGCAACCUAAUCUAUGGGGGGCACGCAUAGGAAUUUGGCUGAUGCGAUUGGAAAGGAGGUGGGAGGCUGUGCAGUGGUCCUAAUGUGUCUGAAAGACUUAGUUGUUCCUUAAGCUAGAGGGGUUCGUUUUAACAACUAAUUGUAUCUCUUUUAACUAGGUGUUACUAAACAAACUUGAAAUGAAGUUCCCAACUGAAAUCUCAGAAAAAGAGCAAGUGAAGGACCAAAGAAGGAAAGAGUGCCUUAAUGAGGUUUGAACAAAAAGAAUUAAACCUUUUAUCAAUAUAAAUUUAAAGGGGCAGUAUACCCCUUUUUAAAAUACUUCUGUAUAAUGAGCUGCUCUUAUCACAAAGCCUAAUGCUUCAGCAGGAGAAGUAAACUUGUGAUUUGCAUUAACUAUGGUGAUAUGAAGCAGGCAGUAGAAUGUAUAGUACUUUAAAUGUUAGUUUUUGCUCUAUUUUGUUCAAGAAUUAAUAAGAACUAUAGAUAUGUCUUAAUUAAAACUAUAGACAAAUUAUAGUUCAGCGAAAUGCUGUUCACUGAAAUAAUGUUAAAAAGGUCUAUACUGUCCCUUUAAGCAACUUAACUUCAGGCUUUAGUUCAACUCAACAACAAAUCCUUUCUUUUGUUUUUUUAAGGAGGUACCAAAGAAAAUUAACAGUGGGACCACAAAUAUAAAUAUCCUGAAAAAGGAAGAAAUAAAUAGAAACAUAAUGAAAAAAGAAAAAGAAAAGUGUGUCUACCGCACCCAAGAAGACUUUAGCAAGGUUUGGAUAACAUAACAUACUUUAUUGAAUCCUUUAUAUAUACGUUUACCUAAUAUUUUGCCACCCCCAGUAAAUGAACCUUUCCUUGUACUUUAUAUAAUAAUUGCAGUUUUACUGAAUAAACUCAGAUUAUCUAAUUAAACAUUUUUUUUUCUUCCCCAGGAGGAUGAUAAAGAUCCAUUUGCCAAAUACCCAGAGCCCAGGGGAUAUUUAAAACUUGGAGAGGCCAUCGGAGAAGGCAAUUUUGGAGUUGUCCAUAUGGGUUGGCAUCAAAUCAAACGCAAAGAAGUGGCCGUUAAAAUAAUAAGGAAAAUAGAGGAUCAAGAUACAAUCCUUAAUGAACUGGAAAUACUUGAGAAGGUCUCUGGCCAUGAGAAUAUCAUCUCCUUUUAUGGCGCAUUUCACCAAAAGCCUGCUAGAAGGAUUAAUCAAGAGCUAUGGAUUGCUACAGAACUUUGUGAUGGUGGAUCAGUACUUGACCUAAUAAAAAGCAAAAGGAAUCGUUCCUUAGACGAAAGCUGGAUUGCUUAUAUCUGCAAGCAGGUAUUACAGGGCUUGUAUCAUCUCAGAAAACAGAGAAUUUUACAUUGCGACGUGAAGCCCGAUAAUCUGAUGCUAACUGAAGACGCAGUUGUAAAGAUAAUUGAUUUUGGUGGUGCUGUCACGGGAGGAAAAAGUGAUAGCCCUGCUGGAGAUAUGGCAUAUUUAUCACCAGAGGCCAUUGUCUGCAUGAGUAAGAGAGGCGAAUUUGACCAUAAGGCUGAUGUGUGGUCUUUGGGAAUGUCAGCCAUUCACAUGGCAGAAGGAUGUGUCCCAUACAACAAACUUCCUGACAAGGCUUUGAUCCAACAAAUUACUCGUGGUCCGGCUCCUACGUUGAAAGGGAACAAAUGGAGUGAAAAAUUCCACUACUUUAUUGAGGAAUGCCUGCAGAAAAAUCCUGUUGAGAGACCAUCUGCAAGGCAGCUCUUGUCACACCCUUUCAUCACAGAAAUAAGCAAUGAAAGGGUUGUACAGAAGAAUAUUAUGAAACAUCUGCAGAGAGGUAAGAAAAAUAGCUUAUUCUUAUUGUCAUUCUGUAACUAUCUGUUGUCCUAUACAAACAAUAUUCUCUGGCUUCACAUAACAAAGGCAUAGACUGUUAGGGUGUGGGUUACUGAACUAGGCCACAUGUAGGAGUGAGACCCAUAAGGUGAGAUGGGAGACAAUGUUAUUGUUGGAUAGUUCUAGCUGACUGUUAAAUAAGAAGAUUAAGGCAUGUGACCUAUACAUAAUAAUUUUACAAUUUCUUAAUUUUUUUAUAUUUGCAUUUACAAUGUUUGCCAUUACAUGUUUUA